AUGAUUCUCAGACGGUCUACCGAGUGCUGGAUGACAGCCUUAAGGUACGACAUUCUUGUUUGUUCACAGAUUUUCAUCAAGUGUGAUAGCAAAACACUGAUGAAAGACAUUGGAACUCGAGUAUUGCAAUACGAGAACCAAGCAAAGGACAAGUCUCUACGAUCCAGCAAGGCUAACUACGGGGAUGUCAACUCAUACGCAAGAGGUGGUAGAUGGGAGUCUAAAGACCCAGAGACUGGUCUUUACACACACCAGGCCCCUCAACAAUCAAAUAGCGGUGGAAGUCACACAGGCCACAGCUCAGAGAGCCACUUACUCAAGAGAAAAAGAAGCAGACACGGAGGUCACAACGCUCCACAGCACAACAUGCCCAGCCAAGUGCCGCCCCAAACGGCACCUCAGCCAGUACAACACGACCUCCCUCUAAACCCUACCUUGUACCAGGUCCAGCAACCUGCACCAAUCGCGACUCCCAUGGCAGCAAACAGAUUUCCUAGCAGAGGAGGCAGAGGUGGUUGGCAAGGAGGAAGAGGCAGUUUCCAAAAUCUUAGAAACAACACGUGA